AUGCUUGUCGUAAGAGAAUUUCAUGCAGUGCAACAAGCGCCUAACUUGCAUGCCUGCGAUGAUAAUAACAUUGGUGCUAAUGACGCUAGUGAUGAUAAUGACGUAGAUAUGAAGGUACAGGAAUUUAAUGGACAAUCUGAGUUGGAGGUGCAAUUAGUAGUACCAAGGUAUGUGGAGCGAGGAUCAAGUGCCACUUUGAAAUGCAGACACAAUGUGCGACCGGAAAUACUUUUUAAGGUGACGUGGCUUAAAGUUGACAAGGGUAAAUUCUUUGAAUUCAUAAAUGGACGAAAUCCACCAUUUCGAAACUCCACAGUUGAAGGCGGUGAAAUCGAUUGGGAAAAUUCAAAUGAAACCCAAGUUACGCUUAAAAAUGUUGAUUUUGAUCUUUCGGGACAAUUUUACUGCGAAGUUUCCACAGACACACCCAUUUUCACAAAGGCAUCGGGUGAUGAGUUAUUAAGCGUAUUUUUACCUCAAACAGCACCGCCAACCAUUAAGUUCCGAAAACGUACACCAUUUGCCAUUGGAGAACGUCUCUUCGCUUUGUGUAAUACCACACGUGCUCGACCCGCACCACAUAUAACUUGGCUCAUAAAUGGAAAAAAGGUGGAAGAGAAAUACGUACGAACCCAUCAUGUGUAUUCCUUAAGUGGUAAGAAUCAUCGCCGCAGCCAACAACAAGCACAACAACAACAGCAACAAUUGGCCCAACAACAAUACUAUCAGGAAUAUUACAAUCAGUAUCAGCAACAAUUCCAUGUACCACUCUUCGAUCGGUAUGAUAAGAGCCUGCGUCGGGUUGGUAGUCGACCUGAUGAUUUCACAUCGCAUACAGCACAUCAUCACGAUGGAUAUCAUUAUGCCACAAGCGUGUACAAUAAUCCUUUUAGCUCCCUCACAAACAUGCACGAUAUCCACGAUAUCCAUGAUGUCCAUGAGAUACAGCACCGCAAUUACGACAAUAAACACAAGGAUGUAAAGAAGCACGUCGAUAUGAAGAAGCACAGAAACUCAUCAAAUCGCAAGUACCGAAGACACAUCAAUGAAAAUGCUCUCGGCAUACUGCGCAGCACCCUCAACAAUGGCGGUUUCGGUCCACAGCCACCAAAUUUGAACAACGAACUUGGCAUACCAGCGCAUGCAGGUCCCAUGAGUCAAUUGGCUGCUGGUUAUGGUCGGCCCCUGUUGCAUCCGGGUGGUAGUAGUGGAGUGGUUGCAGCUGCUGCAGCUGUAACCGCCGCAACACAGGAAAAGGGCAUGUUCUCCAUCAGUCAACUGAAUAUUGAACUGACAGAGCAGCAUAUCGGUAGUAACGGACGCAUGGAAAUUACAUGUGCGUCCACAAUUCCAAACACAGUGGGGCAGGGCGAACAGUAUGCCGAUUUCAAAACAUUCUCUGUAAAAGUUGAAGUUGAAAGACAGGAAAUUUCCUCAACUUCCACUACGCCAUCCAGCGUUGGCAUGGCUGCACUUGGUAAUGGUGCAGCGGCUUCAGCUGCUGCGAAACAAAGUUUACAAGCUUUUGAGAUGAAAUGCAUUUGGACACUACCUUUCGCAUUUAUUCUUCUGCUAAGAGUCCGGCAACACUAA